AUGACAGACUGGGGAUCGGAUUCAACUUCAACAAGUUCCUCGGGAUCUUCACAUGUAUUGCCUAAGGAACCAUCACCGUCAACUACACUUCAAACACCACAGCCAAGUGCCACCGAUACGGGGAAAUCCAACUCGUCAACAUCCCCGGGUGCGAUCGCAGGCGGAGUUGUUGGGGGUCUUGUGGGAGGCGCUGCUAUCGCCGCCGCCGCCAUCUUUUUCUUCUUGCGGAGGAAGAAGAAGAUUCACCAGGAGAACGAACCGUUGGAGGAACUACAAGAGACUGGUUAUCAAGCUGUUCCUCAAAACCAGUUGCGUCACUCAAGCUGGCUCAUGCCACACGUUGCGGAGCCUGAGUCAACCUACAAACCGGAAACUUCAGAGCCCAGCACCACUGGGGCGACACCCGAGCUCUAUUCCCCCAACUCUCCCGCUGAGCUUCCAGAAAGACACCACCGAUGA